AUGAAAGUAGAUCAAGAAGUAGUAAAUAAUGAAAAAGAGCUAUUGAUAUCAAGAGAAGGAUAUGAUUCUGUGGAAACUGGCAGCAUAGAAGAGUCGAAUAUCAGAAAACUGAGGAAGCGUUCAAAUACAUCGACGUUUGCAGAAUCUUUGAAAAAGUUUCGAUACCCUAUAGAAAGCGCUGUACCUGAAGGAUCAAAACUAAAAGAAAAUGUGUGUGAGGAACUCAAUGCCGAUCUUUCAAAUGACGAAAAGAAUGAAUUACAAAAAUCCACUUUUCAAGUGAAGAAGGGAAAGUGUGAUCGGAAUGCUUUGGAAUUAGAUAAAGAAUCUCAUACGAAGGGGGCAACCAGAAAGAAUACAAAAAAAGUUCAAAAGGAUACUUUGCCCCAGAAUUUGCCUGGUGUCCCCGAUCAUAUAUGUGAAAAUCCUUAUGCUAUUCUAGUUGGCCUGAAUCCUGGGUUAACUUCUUCUUUACGAGGACAUGCGUAUGCUUCACCGAGCAAUUCCUUUUGGAAGAUGAUGAACAAGAGCGGUAUUUUAGAAGAAGGUAUCGAAUUUACGUACGAGAACGAUCAAGAUCUUCCAGCCCAUGGUUUAGGAAUUACAAACAUAUGUGCUCGACCAUCAGCUAGCGGUGCAGAUUUAAGCAAGGAAGAAUUCCGCGAGGGUGCUUUAAUAUUGGAAGAAAAGGUUCGUCAAUUUCGUCCAAGAGUUGGCCUCUUCAUAUCCGGAAAAGGGAUUUGGGAGGAGAUGUACAAGGCUACCACUGGAAACAAGCGGCUUCCAAAAGAAUUUCAAUUUGGUUGGCAAAGUGAGACCUUUGGAGGUUCUCGUGUAUUUGUGGCUAUUAGCUCAAGUGGACGGGCUGCUGGAUACACUAGCGCUCGGAAGCAAGAACUUUGGAAUCAGUUUGCUAAGGAUGUAAACCUUGCUCGUGAGUUUGAUCAAAGGAAUCGGUAA